GGACAUGCAGAGUAUGGCGUCCCUCAUGUCCAUGGCAACGCCGAACGACAUCGCUCCCCUCGAGGACUUCGACGACGACGAUGACACUGAAGGUCGCAGCUUCAGCGAGCCAGGGAGUCGUGUGUCAACCCUGCGACGUAAAGGACGCCCCACCCUCACCUCGCCAGGUUCCCCAGGUGACGCCAUGGUGCGGUCGGCCGAGUUCAGCCAGCUCGCUGCCCAGAUCAGCUCCCUCACCUCUUCCUUCCACCAGGACGACCCCCUCUCCUUCCCUCUGGACGAUCCGCACUCUCCGCUGAACGUCUUUGACGAAACGGAGGAGGACGCGGCCACGCUGGAGGGCGGCGAGGAGCAAGCUCAAGCCAUAACCACCGAGGGCGAAACGGCGUAUCCAUCCGAGGGCGGCGCCUUGUCACCCACCGCCGCCCACGCCGCUGCCCAGCCCGACCACGAAACCCAUCAUCCAUCCGUCCACGAAGGGUUGACGGACGCGGGAGAGCGACGGCGCACGCGCGAGGACCGGCAAGCUCUGCAGCCCCUCGACCUUAACUCAGUCCAUAUGGGCCCAUCGAAAGGAGGAGGCGUAGCGGACAGAGGAGGAGGAGGAGGUGGAGGAGGAGGGGGAAGGGAAACCCUCGGUGUGUCAGGAAGCGAGGGCGGAGGCUGCACGCCGGGACAGGAUCUGCUGUCGUGGUGUCAGUGCGUGACACGCGGCUACAAAGGGGUCAAGAUUACUAACAUGACCACCUCUUGGAGGAACGGUCUCGCUUUUUGUGCCAUCAUACACCACUUCCGACCUGACCUCAUAGACUAUGAGAGCCUCACCCCACAAGAUGUCAAAGGCAACUGCAAAAAGGCAUUUGAAGCAGGGGAGUUCCUUGGGGUGACACGCCUGAUUGAGCCUCAAGAUAUGGUCAUCCUCACCGUCCCUGAUAAGCUGGCAGUCAUGACCUACCUUUACCAACUCAGGGCACAUUUCACAGGUUGGUCUUGGCUGGUUGCGUCUUACUUUAAAGUCUUCCUGUGUUGUUAAUGACAGGGUUACAUG